AUGCUUCAAGCUGCCAAACAGCCAAGCAUUUAUAUAAAUAUUGAAUGCAAAGCAUUUUAUACCAGGACCGCAAAAUCAACCAUUAGAAAUAAAAACUGGCAAAUGAAAUUAGCGGCACAAGGAUCUGCAAAAAUCGAUUCAUAUUUUUAUCCUGUCAUCGAUUUGACAGAGUCAAAAAAUAAUUUAGAACAUCACCAAAACUCGAAUCUAGUAGAUGAUUUGUCCAAUGAAAAAGAUAAUUCAGAACACCACCAAAACUCGAAUCUAGUAGAUAAUUCAUCUGAUAAAGAAGAUUAUCAAUUUUCACUUGAAGACCUAGAACAUGAUAUAAAACUCGGUAUUAAUGAUAUCAGAUUGCAAUAUGUUGCACAAUAUCUUCGAAAAGAAUUUUGGAGACCAGAUGACAAACAACCACUUCAUUCAAAAUCUAUAGGCAGUAGUCUAAUG